CCCGCGCGCCGGAGCCAGCGGCGGCCGGGCAGGAUGAAGGACCGGACCGGGGAGCUGCGCGCUGCGAAGGACAGUGAUGAUGAUGAUGAAGUCACUGUCAGCGUGGACCGGGACCGCUUCAUGGACGAGUUCUUUGAGCAGGUGGAAGAAAUUCGAGGGUUCAUCGAUAAAAUUUCUGAGAACGUGGAGGAAGUGAAGAGGAAGCACAGUGCCAUUCUUGCUUCACCCAAUCCUGACGAGAAAACAAAGGAGGAGCUGGAGGAGCUGAUGUCUGACAUAAAGAAAACGGCGAACAAAGUGCGCUCCAAGCUAAAGAGUAUUGAGCAGAGUAUUGAGCAAGAGGAAGGACUGAACAGGUCAUCUGCUGACCUGAGGAUAAGGAAAACUCAGCACUCGACGCUGUCGCGCAAGUUUGUGGAGGUGAUGUCUGAGUACAACGCCACGCAGACCGACUACCGGGAGCGCUGCAAGGGCAGGAUCCAGAGGCAGCUGGAGAUCACUGGCAGGACCACCACCAGCGAGGAGCUGGAGGACAUGCUGGAGAGCGGCAACCCGGCCAUCUUCUCUUCUGGGAUCAUUAUGGAUUCAAACAUCACCAAGCAGGCCCUGAAUGAGAUUGAGACACGGCACAGCGAGAUCAUCAAACUGGAGAACAGCAUCCGGGAACUGCACGACAUGUUCAUGGAUAUGGCCAUGCUGGUGGAGAGCCAGGGCGAGAUGAUCGACCGCAUCGAGUACAACGUCGAGCACUCGGUGGACUACGUGGAGAGGGCUGUGUCUGACACCAAAAAAGCGGUGAAGUACCAGAGCAAAGCCAGACGGAAGAAGAUCAUGAUCAUCAUCUGCUGCGUGAUCCUGGGCAUCGUCAUCGCCUCCACCUUCGGCGGCAUUUUCGGCUAGACUGGCCCCACGGGACUGUUUGUGUGCGACGGACGGAGCCGCGCGCGCCAGGGGCCGCAGCCGCGCUGGAGCCACCCGCGCAGCCCCGGAGCCUCCCAGCAGCAUUUCAGUUUCUAAUGCAUGGUUGUUUGUGACGCUGUGUGUGCGGUGCGUCUGUGUGGAGGGAGCCCCGGGGCCUGGGCAGGGUGCAGGGGACGGUGAUGGGCGCAAGGGGAACCCUGUGGUGGGGAGGGGGGACCCCCGAGCUCUCAUCACUGCUCCAGCCUGGGUGGGCUGGUUGGGACAGAGGUGCCCUGGGGUGCUGCUCUCCUCCUGUGCUGGGCAGUCUGUUAGUGACGGCUGAGGAUGAGGAGGGGCUGAGGAAGGGUGUUAGGGGUCCUCAGGAGUGCAGUGCCCAGGCAACCUGCCACAGCUUCCCCGUCACCUCCAGCCAGAGCUCUCGUGUCCCUCAGCCGCGUCUGUGCUUGCAAACACCUUUUCCUCGGGCUGCUUCUCUAACAGGGCCCUUCCCCAGGGGUGUGCUCUGCCAGGGCCUGCCUCCCCUCAGCCCUGCCCAUCCUGUGGCCAUGCCUGGCUGCAGGGCUCCAUCCUGGCUGUGGGGCUCCAUCCCUACUGUUCCAUUCCUGCUUCUCCAUCCCUGCUCCAGGGCUCCAUUCCUGCUGCUCCAUCCCUUCUGCUCCAUCCCUGCUUUACCAUUCCUGCUGCUCCAUCCCUGCUCUACCAUUCCUUCUGCUCCAUCCCAGCUGUAGGACUCCACUCCUGCUGCUCCACUCCUGCUGCUCCAUCCCAGCUGUGGGGUUCCAUCCUGGCUGUGGGGCUCCAUUCCAGCAUUCCCUGCUGCCCCCUCCCUUGGCCAGCCCUUGCCCUGGUGUGGGUGCCAGGGCUGGACGUGCCUGAUGGAGCAGUGUGGGUUGAGGAGCUGCUGCUCGGGGCCAUCAUGGUUGCUUGGGAACAGGGACAGGCCUCGCUGGGACUUGUGCUGCACCCUGGUGCUGGCCUGGCAGAGCAAGAGGGCACAGGUACUUGAAGGGCAGCACAUUUCCCUGGCCACUUGCCCUUCCCCGGUGCCUCAUCCUUCUGUUCACAGCCUUGGCACUUGGUGGCCCUGGCUCCUGCUACCCCCAGGCCUGGAUUCUGGCCAUGGAGGUUUGGGGCUGGCUCUGAUUCCUGCAGCCCAUGGCAUUGCUUGCUUGGGUGCAGGGCUUCCAGCCUCACUUCUCCAUGUAGGCACCUGUGGCUGGGGCCUGGAGGCAGUUGGGUUUUCUCUUGUCAUGGUCCCAGGAGCAGCCCCUUGUUGUGUGGCACCUCCUCCAAGCAGGGAGCAGCAGCCUGCCUCCGCCUCCUUCUCCAUCCUACCAGCUCUGGAGCAGGGCACUGCCUGACUGCUCCUUCCAUCUCUUCACCUCUUGGCAUGUGCCUGCCCCUGCCACCUCCUCCUGGGACAGUGUCCUCCUGCCUGCUCAUCCCCUGGGUCAGCCAGUGAGGCACCCAUGCUCGUGGGCUGCUGUGGGAGCAGCCAAGUGCCCUGUUCCCUCUGCUGGGCCCACUACAUGGACACAGCCACUGUGGGGUGGCCUGAGCCUGCUGGCAGUUUGGAGGGGCCCUGUGUUGCCCCUGUCCACUUUUCUCGGGCUGGAGGGCGGGGCUCUGCCCUCACAUUCCUCUGGAGACUCCAGGGCUUUCUUCCCCAAAGGGCUGUCAGGCCCUGGCUCAGGCUGCCCAGGGCAGUGGUGGAGUCUCCACCCCUGGAGGGUUUCAAAAGCCGUGUAGAUGUGGUGCUGAGGGACAUGGGGCAGUGGUGGGUUAACAGUGGGACUUGGUGUUCUUAAAGGUCUUUUCCAACCCAAAUGAUUGUGGUUCAGCCACCCUUGGAAAGUGUCCAACCUGGUCCUCUGCCCAAGCCCCCAGCAGGUGCAGCCAUAGGAACCUCCAGGACUGGAAGGCCCCUUCUUUCACAGUCCCACAUCUCAUGUGAGCUGCAGCCUGUGUGUGCCAAAGGGCUGGGGGCACCGGGACCCCCCCCCCCCCAGCAGGGCUGGGCUGGCUCUGGAGCCCCCGCUGCAGGGCAGGGGGCAGGCCUGGGCAGGAUGUCUGGUGACAGGAAAGGGAGCUGGAGGUGACACUCAAGCACCUGCUGCUCCUGUCCCCGUGCAGCUCCUGCCACCACAGCCUGCACUCUGCUCUGUCCUGGGACCCUCCCCUGGGAAGCAAUAACGUGGGUAGGCACAGCAGCUCCUCAGCCCCCCUGCAGCCAGGCCCACUGCUAGCACAAGGUGACCUGUUUUAAUUUCUUCUCCCAAGCAGCAGCUCUCGUGGCAGACACUCACAGGACACCAGGGCUGUGGCCCACCCCCCCCCUCAAAGCAUGAGGCCAAGAACAGCACCGGGGGGGGGUGUCGAUUCUGGCACUUGCUCCUUGCUUGUUGGUCCCACCACUGCCAGCAGGAGCUGGGUAGGGAGCUGUGGGACCUCAGCUGGUGUCCUGAGGGUCGUGGGGAGAGGCUGGGGAGAGGGAGGAGCAGGCGACCAUUGGUGCCCCACAGGCAGGCUCAUGCUGUCCUCUGAGGGGAGGGUGUUUUGGUGCAAUAAUUACCCCUGCACUAUGGGAAGCCCCGUUCAGUUUUUUUCCCUAGCUGUCGUUGCAUGUACAGACCAAAUCACCAACAGUGUGGUUGUGCUUUGGGGAGCCAUGUCACUUUUUUCUUUCCAGCCCCAGCCCCCUCCCUUCCCUAGACCUCAGACCACUUGUCCUUUGGGUUCCACCACCUCUGCUCCAGGUGCCACCUGCCCUCCCAGCGCCGGGAGCGUGGCCAUGCAGUAUUCCCCGAGCAGCGUGGGGCACGCACAGCUUGCACUCGAACUGGGGAUUGUUUUGGGUUUGGGUUUGGUUUGGUUUUGGUUUGGUUGGUUGUUUUUUUUUUUUUUUUUUUUUGUAAUUCAUGUACUUGAAGGCUUUCCAAGCCCCCUGUGGAGUUGUACUGUUGCUGUACUGUGAGCUAAGUGUCCUUGUUUUCUAUGUGGAUCUUGACCCUGGCUUGCUGUCUCACUGGGCUGGAUGACACUGUAUGUUGCCUCUUUUCUCCUCACCCUUUCCCCCACUGCUAGCCUCCCUUUCUUCUCCCAAAGCUUUGGGUGCAAAACAGCUUCCCAUUUUGUGGAAUUUUUAUGUAGAAUAAACAUUUGUAACUGUAAA